GGUCUUCGUGUCGUGGAUCUGAACAGGGGUCACCAGUCUCUCUUUGUGUCUUUUUUGCUGAAGGAUUCAUUCGGAGAGGGGACCCGAAGUCGACACACACCGCAGUCAUGGAAGGAUAUAAGGAGAAGAAGUCAAAAAGUAUUGUUAUCUGUGGCUACCCAAUAAGCAUCUUUUUCAUUGUGGUCAAUGAGUUCUGUGAACGUUUCUCCUACUAUGGCAUGCGAGCCGUGCUGGUGCUGUACUUUAAGUACUUCUUAAAGUGGGAUGAUGACUUUGCCACCACCAUCUACCAUACGUUUGUGGCUCUCUGCUACCUGACACCCAUCCUGGGAGCCAUCGUGGCUGAUUCAUGGCUCGGCAAGUUCAAGACUAUUGUUUACCUGUCCAUCGUUUACACGCUAGGACAGAUUGUCAUGGCAAUAAGUGCUAUCCAUGACAUCACAGAUGCAAACAGGGAUGGAACCCCCGACAACAUGACCUUCCACAUAGCUCUGUCCAUGGUGGGUUUGAUCCUCAUUGCCUUGGGAACAGGAGGCAUCAAACCCUGCGUGGCUGCCUUCGGUGGAGACCAGUUUACUGACGAUCAGGAGAAGCAGAGGAGCACGUUCUUCUCCAUCUUCUACCUGUCCAUCAAUGCCGGCAGUCUGCUGUCCACCGUCAUCACCCCCAUCCUCAGAGCUCAGGAGUGUGGCAUUCACACCCAGCAGAAGUGCUACCCUUUGGCCUUUGGCGUCCCUGCUGCUCUCAUGGUGGUAGCUCUGAUCGUGUUCAUUGUUGGUAGUGGUUUGUACAAUAAGACGGCCCCUCAAGGCAACAUCCUGGUUAAAGUCUGCAAGUGCAUCGGGUUUGCCAUCAAGAACAGGUUUAGGCAUCGUUCCUCCGAGUACCCUCGCAGGGAUCACUGGAUGGACUGGGCUGAGGAGAAAUACAAUAAACUCCUGAUUGCUCAGGUGAAGAUGGUGGUGAAGGUUCUGUUCCUCUACAUCCCUCUGCCAAUGUUCUGGGCUCUCUUUGACCAGCAGGGCUCAAGGUGGACCCUCCAGGCGACCACCAUGAACGGCGACUUUGGAUUUCUCAUCAUCCAGCCCGAUCAGAUGCAGACUGUCAACCCGAUCUUGAUCCUGGCUUUGGUGCCCAUCAUGGACAGUUUGAUCUACCCGCUGAUUAACAAGUGCAAAUUAAACUUCACUCCAUUGAAGAGGAUGACUGUGGGGAUGUUCCUUGCUGCUCUCGCCUUUAUCGUUGCUGCCCUGGUCCAGAUACAGAUUGAUAAAACCAUGCCACAGUUCCCAUCAAGCAAACAAGGCCAAACGAAGUUCAUCAACAUGCUUGACACGCAGCUGAACGUUAAAGCCGGACACUACAACAUCACCCUGUCGCCUUACACGGCCAAUGCGGAUUACCUGACCUUUGAUGAACCAUUUGAACUGUUUCUGAACUCUAAUACCAGUGUACAAGCUGAUAUACCAGAUGGCAAUCGGACUACAAUGGUAAUCAUCCAGGGUCCGGUCAGUCCCAUGUACAAACAGUUCAGGGACCUUGAAUCCAAACCAGAAGAGGGCGGUAAUGCUAUCAGGUUUUUUAAUGGUUUUGGCUCAGCCCUGAAUGUAACUGUGGGCGAUCAGAAUUUUGGGAAAAUCGUCCCUAACAACAUGUCGGAACGUGUUCUAGUGCCACGGGGAAACGCACAGUUCCGGAUCUUUGAUGGUACUCGUGAGUGCACGUACACUCAAGAACUGGGCUUUGGCAGCUCUUACACCUUGAUCAUCCCGCCGACUGUGCCAUUUCCACAGUGCCAAGACAGUAUCCGACCAGUGCUGAACAUCGAGCGUAACACCGUGCACAUGGCCUGGCAGAUUCCUCAGUAUUUCCUCAUCACUGCAGGCGAGGUGGUCUUCUCUGUCACUGGUCUGGAGUUCGCCUACUCACAGGCACCCAGCAACAUGAAGUCCGUGCUGCAGGCUGGUUGGCUGCUAACUGUUGCCGUAGGUAACAUCAUCGUGCUCACCAUUGCUGAGGUUAUAAAACUGGAUGAUCAGUGGGCUGAGUACAUCCUCUUCGCCUCUCUGCUGAUCUUGGUGUGCAUCAUCUUUGCCUUCAUGGCCCAUUUCUACACGUACAUCGACCCGGCCAAGAUAGAGGCGGAGUUUGCCAAGGAGGAACCUGAAGAGAAGAAGAAGGAGAGUCUGAAGAUGGACAAGAAGGACUCAGUUAAGAACUUCUACGAGAACGGGACGAAUUCUGACUCCAGCUCUGACGAGGAGGAACCCAACCAGACCAAGAUGUAAAAGUGACUCUAUUCAAAUGUUUCAUCAGAGCACUUGAAGAUUUUUUGGUCAUUUUGUCAAUGCAGUCUGGUGCUCUUCUGGACAUGUAGUGGUUAGAAUGAAUGAAUGAAUGACCGAAUGUGGUGAAGUGAAGGAAUGUGAAGGUGAAGUUGUAAGAACACAGACAUGUGGCUCUGAUGGUUCCAGUCUUGGUAGACUGUUUCAGUGAGAAAUCUUGGCGGUAUUUUGGCUCAACCUUGAUUUUUCUUUCUUUUUAGGUUAUUCAUAAUUAAAACCCCUGGAUCUUUAUUAGUAAGUAAUUUAUGCUUUUGCUGUUGUAAAUUUGUGUUUACAAUGAAUUAUUUUUGCACUGUGUGGCAACAUUUCAUAGAUAUUAGUGAUGUACUGAAGUGCACCAACAAACCAUUCCAACCAUUUGUAUUUAUUUCCAAGCACAGUGUUGUAUGUACUGUAAUAUAUUCCCUUUUAUAUGAUAUUCUUACCUGCUCCAGGGUAAAAUUGAACAGACUGCUUACUGGGGCAGAAAAUAUUGAAUCAUAUUCCACAUUCAACCCCAGAUUUCAUUUUGGCCUGGCUUCAAUAAAGAUGGUGGCAAGGACGACAACAC